AUGGUGCCCGCAAGCAGCCGUCAAAGGCAAAAUGGGCCUCGCAUGAUCUACGUGACUCGCUUCGCCUCGCACCGGUCAGGGGUGUGGCAGUUGAGGGGCCUCCGAGGUUUCGGCCAUCGAGGCCCAGGGCUCGAGGCCCACUGCACCCUGGAGCCGGCAGCAAUGGAGACCAAGCCCCCGGGAGGAGAGCUGGCCACCGGCUCCCAGGCUGGGGUCGCCGCCACCCCGGACCCCGGCUCUUUCCAGCUGCGGAGCUCCAGAGCGCCAAGGGACCCGGAGCAAGCAGCGCGACCAGGUUUAAACCAGAAAGAUGCAGCUAAAGAGUUUGAUUUCCCCAUACCAUGGAAUGAAGCCUCCAAAAUAAUGAAGGAAAGGAAAAAGGUCUUAGUGUGGAACAAAGUGCACAAGGCCAUUUCCAGAAUGAUUGAAGAAAAUGAAAAAUACAGACACAGACUGAAGUGCCAAAAUUUAUCUAGUGAAAUCCGCACUAACACAAAAUGA